UUUUUUUUUUUUUUAACCAUCUUAAAUCCUGGAAAAAAAAAAUGCAUCUCGGAAUUGAAUGAAUUGAUGGGUAUACUCCAACUGCUGGGCUGCUGAGACUGAACUUGGUAUUUCCAUUUCUGCUUCUUUCAAAGAAAAGACAAGUUGGAAUUCCUUCUAAUUUAGCUUCUCUCCCUCUCCCUUACCCCCUCCCAACCUUCCCCUUGGUCCCCCACUUCUCUACGACCACCUUCCUUUGCCAAAAGAGGGUGACUUGUGAAGCAGAGUGCACGGGUGCACGGGAGACUGACUGAGGAGGCAGAGAAGAUGGGACUCCUCAGCGUAGACUUGCUGGUCACCCUGCAGAUCCUGCCAGUCUUUUUCUCCAACUGCCUCUUCCUGGCGCUCUAUGACUCGGUCAUUCUGCUCAAGCACGUGGCGUUGCUUCUCAGCCGCUCCAAGUCCACUCGCGGAGAGUGGAGGCGCAUGCUGACCUCAGAAGGGCUGCGUUGUGUCUGGAACAGCUUCCUCCUAGAUGCCUACAAACAGGUUAAAUUGGGCGAAGAUGCUCCCAAUUCCAGUGUGGUGCAUGUGUCCAAUCCGGAAGCAGGUAACCAGUAUGCCUCGGAGAAGACCGCUGAUGGGGCUGAAUGCCACCUUCUUGACUUCGCCAGUGCAGAGCGCCCACUGGUGGUCAACUUUGGUUCAGCCACCUGACCACCUUUCACUAGGCAACUGCCAGCCUUCCGCCAGCUGGUGGAAGAGUUCUCCUCGGUGGCUGACUUCCUGUUGGUCUACAUUGAUGAGGCUCACCCUUCAGACGGCUGGGCAGUGCCCGGGGACUCCUCUCUGUCUUUUGAGGUUAAGAAACACCGGAGCCAAGAGGACCGCUGUGCAGCAGCCCAGCAGCUCCUGGAGCGUUUCUCCUUGCCGCCCCAGUGUCAAGUUGUGGCUGACCGCAUGGACAAUAACGCCAACGUAGCUUAUGGAGUAGCCUUUGAGCGUGUGUGCAUCGUGCAGAGACGGAAAAUUGCUUACUUAGGAGGGAAGGGCCCCUUCAACUAUAACCUACAAGAAGUCCGAAGUUGGCUGGAGAAGAAUUUCAGCAACAUGAAUUCUAGAUUAGCUGGAUAAAAGUGUGAUUGUAAUAGAGUUUAUUAUUUUAAAAAAAAGAUGUAAAAGAAGUUGAGAACUGAACUGAAUCUAUUAUUUCAACUGAAUCCCAUUGCCUCACUGAAAGACAGGGACAUACCUGUCAGAAGAUCUUGAACCUCUUUAACAUCUCAAUACUUCCUUUAGUACACAAAUGACAUCUGGCUAAAUAGCAGUCCCGUUACCUCCCUUCUGAGCGAAUUGAUCCAAACUGGAGUGCAAGAAACCCUGUGGCAGCCCGUGUUCAUUCUUGCUUGCGAAAGAAGAGAUUCUGUCCUGUGUGUGCUCUGGGACCAGAGGACAAAAGUUUCCAGAAUCCUUAUUGUUAAGGGAGCUACUACCUAUGAUCUGAUUAAGUGUAUUAUUUCAGCUUUCGUCACCAGGACCAAACCCAACUGGAACCCCCCUCCCCCCCAAAUACAUACUUACGACGUGAUCUUGAAGUCAUGCGGUGCAGUUGGGACUGAAGUGUUAGUUUUAGCCAUGCAAUGUUCCGUGUAAUUCUCUGUAGCCCCGAAUUCCCAAAUAUGACAAGCAAAGACAGAGGAAGCAGAAAGAUGAGGAAAUCGCAUAGUGUUUUACCUGGAAAGCUGUAGGUAAUGAGUGUUGUUCAACUGUAUCGGCAUUGAGCCGUGUACACAGCUGGGAAAACAAAGGCGUUAACUAAAAACAGCACAGGCAGGAUGCACAUAGAAAGGAGAUGUGUAGCAACACUCCUACACUGAAAAGGAAGUGGGAGAUGGAAAAGAUAAAAACAGGUGAACAUUUUUAAUGUGGAGAAAAGUACUUUAUGGGACUAAUGUUGAUAGACCCAUUUCAGUGGGUAAUACCGGUUCAGAGCAAAAUCCAGGGGGGUCUGGUACUGAUGUGUUGUUCCUGCCAAAUUCCUACAGUUGCAAUGCUACAACCCUCUCCAUUCCUAACCUCUGUAGCAUUGUUUUCUCUGGGUGCUGAGUGAAGGGUGUAAGAGGCAGGUACUCUGGCCAUUCAGUUUCUGCCCUCUCCUCCAGUAGAAGAACUGUAACAAUAAGGGAUUUCUUCACAUAAACGAGAGCAAUUUACUCUGAUACUCUCUACUUAUGGUUUUGAGGGCUUACGCCAAGCUUAUUCUUGGUGUCACAGGAAUUUGAUUAGAUGGAAUUUCCUUUGACAUUUGAAUUUGAACUUGUUUUUUUUUUUUUUUUCUUCAACUGGGAUUAGCCCAUUAGUUGAAAUUUAAUAGCUGUGUACAUCACUAUGGUUAUAUCUAUGAAUACAUUUCCCUUAAAAUACAAGUAACACAGCUGUAUCUACAACCAACACCUAAAUAUCACAACCUCCAAAAAAAAAAAAAAAAAAACCAUGAAAAAUCCAAAACCAAACACACCAACAGAUCAACCAAUGUAUUGUAAUUAAUUUUUAAGUUCAAAGAUCUCAACAUAUGGUUAUAGUUACAUGCCAAAUCAAGGGAUUUUAUGUCUAUUCUAUUCAAUAAUUAAACUAUAAUAUUGAACUAUUUGAAAAAAAUUGAAAUUUAAAAGUAUGUUAUUAAGAUAUUUGUCCCAAAUGUGGAAAACAGAGUAUCGCUUUUAAAAAUGGGAGCAAGAAGUAAGUCAGAUCACUAGCCCAUGUGUUGUUUAGUCAUGGAAGCAGCAUUGUGGCUAAUAUUUUUGGCAGUGUCUAAGAUCGCCAGAGUUUUAAAUUCUGUAAAAGACAUAUCCACAAAGAAACACGGUAAAUUUCCAAAAUGCUAUGGUGUCUAGUGAACUGUUGUAAAACCAUACUGAAGAUAGAUUACUUCAGAUUCCUUAGGUGUUAAGGCCUUCAAUUGAGGCUUAUAGGAGUGAUCCCCUAUUCAUCUUAAUCUUCAAAAUGGUGUUGAGAUUUAUGUGGCUCCCUAAAGCUGGAAAAUUUGGCUGCCCCACACCCACACCGUCAUCCACAAAUGACCCCUUUGGUUUCCAUGUGAGAUAAUGAAGCAGAACGUCAGAGAUUGGGUGGGGGGAUGAGUUUUGGCUAAUGCCAUGCUAGUUGUCUGGGGAAAAGGGAUAAUGGGGGAAAAAAUCACCCAGUUGUGCUACAGUUUUAAAGAAAGAGAAGGUUGUGUGUGCAUACCAUUUGCCUUUUGGAUGAUAGGCCAAUGAAGGAAGAAAGAAGAGGAAGCAACUAUACAAAGAUAUAGACUGACUAUCAGGGACACAGACAUGUUCAGUAGAGCAUGGCAGAAACACUGGAAGGAAAACCUUUGAAGGGCCCAGGAAGAAAGUGAUUAGCAGAGCUCAGGAAUCUUACGCCCUGUAGAAUGGGUUGGUCUCCCAGGUAUGAUAAGCCUAUAAUUAUAUAACCUAUUUAUCUGGAUGUAAACUUCUACGAAUUCCUAUGACGUGCCUUUUUAUAAAAUUAAAAAGAAGUCAUUCAUCCAGAGAUGAGAAAAUCAAUGCUUAGCUACUGUGCUCAGAGAUACUAUUAGGCUCUCAGUACCCACCUACCUAACAUGCCUUUUAUAAUGUAUAUUCCUUUGAAGAGUUAUAAUUGUAAUUCUCCCAAGGAGACACAAAUAUAUGUAUAGAUACAUUCUCACGAGGACACACACACACACACCUUGGAUUAUUUUUUCUUAGAACAUAAAGAUCUCUCCCAUAGGAUAUGUUUACAUCCCUAUCAGUUUAUACUGAUAUCAGUUUAUACUUUCAAACUCAAUUGGCCUGUAUACUAUUGAAAUAGUUUCUCAGAACUUACCAUACCUGGAUUUCUCAAACACUGUUUGAAAGACAUCUUAGACCUAUUCAAAACUCUCUUUAGUUUGUUGGUUAGAAGAUGUAAUGGACAAUGACUUUCUUGAAUGAGAAUGAAUGAAGUGCUUGCCCAGAAAAUGUAGACAUACUUCAUACAAAUUCAAUGGACCUCUGUGGAGUCAAACUAGUCAUUGUUCUUGCUCUGUGUUGCCAAAGUGCCAGUCAUUCAACACACGUGUUAACUUCAUUCAUUCUCUGCUUCUGUGGAAUUCAUAGAUUGUAUCUCUAGAUUUUUGGUAAUAUCAGCUUCUAAGUGGUCUAUCAAUUCCGUUAAAUUCUUCUAAUAAUCAAUAGACAGCCAUUGAUCCCUUUGCCUGAGUGUAUUUGACUAUUUGGGAUUCUGAAUAAAAUUCAUAAGAUGUGGUGAGGUCACAGGUGGGGGCUGCCUCACACAAACUACUGGAGGGGAAGGUGGGGGACAGUACUGAUGCUUUUUCAUAGGAUUCUGAGGUGGAUGCAGCUGCCCUUGGCAUGCCCUGUAGCCUCCAUCCACAGCCAGAGGGAUUUGCUGAUGUACUAGGCUUCCCAUUAUGUAAAUCAUAAGAGGAUCAACCUGGACAUUAGUUCCACCUGACCUCUGACUGAUGGUUUGGAAAAUAAGUUUAAUUAGACUCCCUUGGCCACUGCAGAGAGGAAAAUUAGGCUGAUUUCUGUCCCACUGAAGGAUAAAGGAAGACUUAGGCCAGCGCUUCUGCUUGUCAGAACAUGUCCAAUGCUGUCUGCCUUAGUGGAAAUUGACUGUGAGUCUUUAAAUUCUGGGAGUUUUCUUUAUGAUAUAGCUCCAAACCAGAACCCAAGUAUACUCCAACUUCUAUCAAUGCCUUAAAUAUAGAAGCCAAACCUGCCGUUUUUAUGAACUUUCAGAAUGGACACAAUGGAUCACUUGCUGCUAGAUGACAGUGGUGUCUUGGGACUGUCCUGAGUCGCUGAGGAGCUGCUAACUGGGAGGAAUUAGUGCCCCUAUACCCCCAGCCCCAAGGGAUGGGCUUACCUAUUUGGAAGGAUUUGAAACAAAACUUCUUCUGCUUAGAGGAAGGCUGCCACAUGCCAGUGAAUGACUAGGCUGAGGAAGCACUGGCUCAGUUCUUCAUACCCUGUGUUCUAGAUAACUCCAGAAACAAGGUCUCAGACUUCACAGACUCAGCUCUGUUCCGAGGUGAGUCUGAACCAGCAAAAAAGCAAACACAUCCAGAUAUCCAAACAAGACUGCUCAUGCCAGCCAGGGCUCGCUGCCUGUCUCGGGCAGCAGCACCAGGGCGCUAGGGAGUCCGUUUAAUAUUUACUGAGACUUCGGAGACCUAGCAGAUGUUUAAUGAAGUCACUAUUUUGGCUCAACCUGCCCUUCCCCAUCUGUCUUGAGAAAAAAAAUUCAAACAGGUAAACAUAGAAAUGAAAGAGGCCCACAGAAGGGGAUGGGAAAUAAAUAAAAUUCUCUCAAGACUGCUCCAGACCACGCCAUGUGGUUUUGAUGUGUCAGGAGUCGGGGAUGAGAAGACCUAUGUACCUAGUACUUUAUAACCAAAGCAAUCAAAAGGUCUUGGGUAGGGAAUGUUGGCCAGUUUUGUUUAGUUUUCGGAUCAUGUUUUCACCAGACUCACAAGCCCAUGUAACCAGCACCCGAAAGAGGAAACUGAGAUGUUGAGAGCUCACUGGUGUGCGAAUGAUAACUACUGACGAAAGAGCCAUCUGCUCAGUCUGUGGUUGGAUGUAAUCACACGAGUCUGCCUCUCUCCAUCUCUGUCUCCAUAGCAAGUAGAACGUUUGGGUCUUGGUGCAAAGAGUGCUGAGUCAGCGCAACUGAGACCACGUGUGUCCAUCUCUGCUUCUCAGUUGCAGCAAAAGGAAAGCUUUGGGGAUUAUCAGUAGAAAGAGUGUGAUAAUAUUGGUGCUGAGUGGUAUGUGUGCUUUUACA